AUGGAGAGGCAAAAGGCAAAAUUUGAGUGUGAACAAAGGGGCAACUUGAGCAACAACCAAGAAGGCAAGUUAGGAAAUUCUAGUAGCUCCAAUCAGAGUGGUAAUUCAGCACCUGUUUGUUCGGACUGUGGGAGAAAGCACCGGGAUGAUCUACCGGUUGUGAAAGAUUUUCUUGAUGUGUUUCCAGAAAAGUUGCCUGGGCGGUUAGUUAAUAGUGAAAUUGAAAUUGUAAUUGAUAUAAUGCCUGGUACUCAACCCAUAUCCAAAACUCCAUAUCGUCUAUCAAUUGCUGAAAUGAAAGAAUUGAAAGUACAGUUGCAAGAACAGCUUGGUAAGGGGUUUAUCCGGCCGAGCAUAUCACCAUGGGGUGCCCCUGUAUUGUUUGUAAAGAAGAAUGAUGAAACACUCCGUUUGUGUAUCGACUACAGGUUAUUAUCAGAGAUUUUUCAAAGACUUCUCCAAAAUAGCUAUACCAUUAACACAAUUGACCCGGAAGCAAUGGGUACAGAGUUGAGAUUUAGCAUAACCCUUCAUCCAAAAAUCGAUGAGCAAACCGAGAGAACUAUCCAAACUUCUUUGGUUCCGAUAACUGGGGCUUUUCUCGCUUCUUAUUACGACAAGUACCCCUUCACUCCUCUCUCCGAUGUCUCUCGCCUCACGAUUGAAAUUCGCUCUGUGGCCAGCGAUUUGUGCAAGGAUUUCUCGGCCAUUGAAGAUUGGAGAUUUGAUAUGGACUUGUUUGGAUAUGUUUGGAUAUUAGUAGACAUGUUUUUUGGGGAUAUUAGAAGACAUGUUUAUAAUCCGCAUGCAGUUCAUAUUGUUAUUGCACAGAUUUUGGAAAGGCUUGGUCUCAUUGCUUAUGAUAUUGCUUUACCGUCGGGAAUAGAGCAAAUACACAACGUUUUCCAUGUAUCAAUGCUUCAUGAAUGUCUUAGAGAUCCGUUUCAUAUAAGUGACUACCACCGAAUAGCCUUAGAUGGUGAUAUGAGAUACCAGGAAUGGCCAGUACUGAUCCUUGAUCGGCAAGUGAAGCAACUAAGGAAUAAAUCUAUCCCAAUGGUGAAAGUAGAAUGGAGGGAACAGUACGGGAAAGAGGCUACCUGGGAAAAAGAAGAAGAAAUGCAGCAACUAUACCAGUAUCUGUUUCCAAAUAGGGAUAACUUAAGCAUGGAGAACCACACUUCUUACGAGAGGAAGACUUUUUAUUGCCGACUUAGAAUUCGAAAUUGA